CCUCUAAGUGAUGUGGUGUGGAACCAAGUCCCUGGCACUGAGUUCGUUUGGGGCAUGCGUCCGCUUGGACCUGCCAUGAGCUCCCAUGUUGUGGAACAUCCCAGCUCUCCAUUUGCGCUCCUGAGUGUUGGCACUGCUGCCAUGGACAGCUAUGGGAUUCCGGGUUCCUGCAGGAAGAAUGUAACCUUUAAAUGCCAGACUGAGACUCUACAGAUAAGAGAGAUGUGCAAAGAUGUAUUUCUGCAGGGCAGCAACAGUGAAUUUUGCUCCUUCAUGAAUUCAACCUUGGUGAAUUUGGAGACCAUGUGUGCACAGGACAGAGCAGUAUCGCUGGAGGAGGUUGCUCGUCCCUUUGGUUCCUUCCUGAAUAGCUCCACCCUCAGUGCUGGUGGGAAGGAGAGCGAGGGGGAGGUGGCCUCCGCCGUGACGUUCCUCCUGCAGAGUGUGGAAUUGGCUGCACUGACAGCUGCUUUGAAGUCUCCAGAGAAUAGGACCCAGAAUGUGACAACAGAGUCCAUGGCUAUCGAGACACUCGUUGUGCCGGCUGCAGGUCCCUGUGAUGAGGUCUUCAGGCUGAGAGCUCAGGAGGAGACAAUGGACAUUCACUGUGAUACGGUCACCAGAGCAGUGACAGAAGAUUCCUGGGCUGUUGCUUUUAUUUCUUACUCCAACCUGGGCUCCAUAAUUGACAAGAGAUUUUUCAACGAGGGAGAUCUAACGGCUGAUGAGAAAUUGAGGAAUUGUCACCUGAAUUCCAGGGUGGUGAGUGGGGCUGUUGGCAAUGGGAGGCCCAUGAACCUCCUCAAACCUGUGAACUUCACCCUGCGCCAUAGACAGGCAAAGAAAGAGGAGGAAGAGACUCGCUGCGUUCACUGGAAAUUCAUCGCUGGGAACGUCACCUGGGCUGAGGAUGGCUGCGCUGUUCUCCACACGAACAGCACUCACACCAUCUGCAGCUGUGACCAUCUCUCGAGCUUCGCACUCCUUAUGGGUCUCACCGGAGUGGAGGAGAGUACCCCACUGACCAUCAUCACCUACGUGGGACUGACCCUCUCCCUGCUGUGCCUCCUCCUCGCCAUCCUCACCUUCCUCCUGUGCCGCUCCAUCUGGAACGUCAGCACCUCCCUCCACCUGCAGCUCUGCCUCUGCCUCUUCGUGGCCAACCUGCUCUUCCUCACUGCAGUGAAGCACACCGGCAUUCAGGUGGUGUGUGCUGUCAUUGCUGGCCUCCUGCACUACCUCUUCCUGGCCUGCUUCAGCUGGAUGUUCCUGGAGGGGCUGCACCUCUUCCUCACCGUCAGGAACCUGCAGGUCGUGAAUUACACCAGCGCCAGCCGGUUCAAGAAGAGAUUCAUGUACACGUUCAGCUACGGAUUCCCAGCCUUGGUGGUGGCUAUUUCUGCAGGGGUGAAUCCUGAUGGCUACGGAACUCCCACACACUGCUGGCUCAGCCUGGAGAGAAGAUUUCAUUGGAGCUUUCUGGGUCCAGUCUGUGCCAUAAUCCUGAUAAAUUUAACAUUUUUUCUUGUAACCCUCUGGAUCCUGAGAGACAAACUCUCCUCCCUUAAUGAAGAUGUGUCCACUCUCAAAGACACCAGGCUACUGACUUUUAAAGCUAUCGCCCAACUCUUCAUUCUGAGCUGCACGUGGAGUCUUGGUCUCUUCCAAGUCGGCUCAGCAAAAAUGGUCAUGGCGUAUUUAUUCACCAUUGUCAACAGCCUGCAGGGAGCCUUCAUCUUCCUGGUGCACUGUCUCCUCAAUCGCCAGGUGAGAGAGGAGUACAGGAGAUGGAUUAAAGGCACAAGAAAACCCAGCCCCACGACUCAAAAUUUUACUCUGUCCGUGUCCACUGUCACUACCAGCACCAAGAUGGACACAAUCCCCGUCUCUGCUCCAGUGUCUGUGUCACAGAUAUAGAGAGAAGGCUAGCAUAAAAUCCCUCCUUGGCAGCUGUAUUGAAUCGCUUUACCUGUAAGGGG